AUGACAGACUUAUGCCAUCAAACAGUUGAAAAAUUAUCUGCAAAUCCCGACCCCCUACUUGAGUUGGAAUAUCCAGUAGUUGUUGUUGGCGAUUUGCACGGAAGUAUCGAAGAUUUGCUACGUAUUUUCAGAAUUUUUAAACCACCACCACAAACUCGUUACUUAUUUUUAGGUGAUUACGUUGAUCGCGGCGAUAACUCACUUGAAGUAAUGACGAUACUUAUGGCAUUGUACUGCAAAUACCCAGAUAAAGUUUACUUAUUACGCGGAAAUCAUGAAUUCUCCCAUAUCAACAAAGUUUACGGUUUUUACGAAGAAAUUGUUGAAUCAUAUAGAAAGCCAACACUUUGGGCCAUCUUUCAGCGUGUUUUUUCAUUUCUUCCAUUAGCCGCUGUUGUAAACAAAGAAACAUUCUGUGUUCAUGGUGGUCUAUCGCCAUAUUUAGAAAAGAUAUCCACUAUCCGUUCUAUAUCACUCCCCAUCUCCAACUACGAUGGUCAAUCUCUUAUAUCUGACCUUGUUUGGUCAGAUCCAUCAGAUAAGGAUGUAGAUUACGAGUCUAAUAACAGAGGUUCCGGAGUACUUUUCGGAAAACAGGCCGUUAAAGACUUUCUUUCCAAGAAUAAUUUGAAAUUUAUGAUCAGAGGCCACCAAUGCACUACUACAGGUGUCCAUGCUUUUGCAGGUACACUCGGAAUGACAGUUUUCAGCUGUUCAGACUACUGCCGCCUUCUCGCGAACAGAUCUGGCUGCGUCCAUUUCAGAGGCAACGGGGAAGUUACUUUCUUUUCACUCGGCGACGACACAGAAGAUGGUAACUGCGAGAAAGCAAUCAUGUUGCUCGUCGAUGGUCGCAUGGGACUCCAAAGAUCUACAAAAUCUUAUGUCAGAAAGGAACCAGUGACAUUAGAUACUCCACCUACUAAUUUUUCCAUCAAACUGAUACCUCUCGGACAGAGGAACGCUGUUACACUACAAGGCGAACACCCUCCACCGCUGAUUCCGAGAAAAUCAGAUUCAGCUCCAGGAUCCGAUGCCGGAGUCACGAAGAAAAAGAAGAAAAAGAUCAUCAAGAAGAAGAAAGGUCUUAAGAAAUCCAAGACACAAGUCUCUCUCAGAGAGAAGGCAGAGAGUUCUACGUCUAGUUCUACAACAGACAAAGAAUCAUCAUCAGAUUUACCAACAUUCUUGACACAGCCAAAUGAGAUGCCUUCUGAUGAUUAUUCCCUUGACGAGAAUGACAAACCAAGCAUUAUUAAUACUCCUGAAAGCUGUGAUAGGAAAUGCAGUCCUCCUCCACCGAAUUCUUUGGCUUCGAUGCCUGCACAAGUAACAGCAAGUGAUGCACAAAUUGCACUGCAACAACCAAACGACGCAAAGCCAAAGAAGAAGAGAACAAGAAGGAGAUGCAGAGGACCAAAGACUCCUACUAUUGAUGCACCAUAA